GCAAUGACCGAAGCGCAGAGGCUGCGGCGCUGCCGCGAGCGAGCCCUGCUCUGCUUCAUAUUGGCCACCGCCUGGCAGGCAGCUUCUGGGCAGAUUCGCUACUCGAUCCCGGAGGAAACGGAGAGAGGCGUUUUCGUGGGGGACAUCGCGCAGGACCUGGGGCUGGACGCGGAGCAGCUCUCGGAGCGCGGAGUCCGAAUCGUUUCCGGAGGUAGGACGCAGUACUUUGCUCUCAAUGCGGAGAGCGGCCAUUUGAUCACCGCGGAGCGCAUAGACAGGGAGCGGAUCUGCGGCCGGGCGGGGAAGUGUCUGCUGAGCUGUGAGCUCAUAGUGGAGGAUACAAUGAAGCUGUACGGAGUGGAAGUGGAAAUCACGGACAUUAAUGACAACGCCCCCAGCUUCCCGGCGGAAGAAAUGGAGUUAAAAGUCAGCGAGACAACGGCGCCGGGAUCGCGGUUUUCUUUGAGUGACGCUCAGGACUCCGAUGUGGGCAUUAAUUCCCUGCAGAGCUACCAGCUCGGCAGCGACGGGCAUUUCUCACUGGAUGUUCAGACAGGCCCGGAUGGCGUGAAACACGCCGACCUGGUGCUGGAAAAGUCCCUGGACCGGGAAGAACAAGCCGUUCACACGCUGAUCCUCACGGCCACUGAUGGGGGAGACCCGGUCAGAUCCGGCACUGCGCAGAUCCGCGUUACUGUCCUCGAUGCUAAUGACAACGCGCCGGUUUUCAGUCAGCCUGUCUACACGGUGAGUGUGUGGGAAAAUGUGCCGGCAGGGUCCACGGUUCUCACAGUAAAGGCCACCGACCUGGAUGAAGGAGUCAACAAAGAGGUGACCUACUCUUUCCACCAAAUCACAGACAAAGCUGCUCAAACAUUCCACUUGGACUCUGAGACGGGGGAAGUGACACUGGUGGGGAACUUGGACUUCGAGGAAUCGGCGUUGUAUGAAAUCGAGGUGAAAGCGCAAGACGGGGGAGGCCGAUACGACAAAUCGAGAAUUGAAAUCAUGGUUACCGAUGUGAAUGACAACGCCCCGGAAAUCGCUGUCAGGUCCCUCGUAAGCGCGAUCCCCGAGGACGCUCCCCCCGGGACUGUGGUCGCCCUUCUAAACGUCCAGGAUCCGGAUUCGGGGGAGAACGGGGAGGUCACGUGCUCCAUACCCAGCAGCCUCCCCUUCCAGCUGAGGCGGUCGCUGGACAAGUACUACAGCCUGGUGACCGAGCGAGCCCUGGACAGGGAGCAGGUGGCCGCCUACAACAUCACAGUCACCGCCACGGACAGCGGGACUCCGCCCCUUGCCACCGCCAUCACCAUCCCGCUCCGGGUCCUGGACACCAACGACAACGCUCCGCUCUUCGGCCAAGCGUCCUACACCGCCUACGUGCCGGAGAACAACCCCAGCGGGGCCUCCGUGUGCUCCGUGAGGGCCACUGACCGCGACUGGGGGGAGAACGCCCGAGUGACUUACUCUCUGCUGGAGGGCGAGGGCCGCGAAGCUCCGCUCUCCUCCGCCGUGUCCAUUAACUCGGAGACCGGGGCUGUGUACGCGCUGCGCUCCUUCGACUACGAGCAGCUGCGGGAGCUUCGGUUCCGGGUGCAGGCUCGGGACGGGGGGUCCCCGCCGCCCCGCCGGCAUGUCUCCGUCAGGCUCCUGGUGCUGGACCAGAAUGACAACAGCCCGCACAUCCUGCACCCCGCCUCCCCCAGCGAUGGCUCCACGGGAGUGGAGCUGGCCCCUCGCUCCUCCGAGCCGGGCUACCUGGUCACCAAGGUGGUGGCGGUGGAUGCGGACUCCGGGCAGAACGCCUGGCUCUCCUACCAGCUGCUGAAGGCCACGGAGCCGGGGCUCUUCUCGGUCGGAGUCCACAGCGGCGAGGUGCGGACAGCGCGCUACUUUGUGGACAGGGACGGCCUGAAGCAGAGCCUGGUGGUGCUGGUGAAGGACAACGGGCAGCCCCCUCUCUCGGCCACCGUCACUGUCACGGUGGCGGUGGCUGACAGCAUCCCCGAGCUCCUGUCGGACCUGAGCAGCCUCUCGGCUCCCCCCGGAGUUCCCGUCUCGCACUUCGUGGGCAUCGAUGGGGUCAGAGCGUUUCUCCACUCCUACUCCCAGGAGGCGUCGCUCACCGCGGGCUCCGGGAAGAGCCAGUUCAACUUCCCCCAGUCAAACUAUGCAAACACUCUGACCAGCGCGCAGACGUGUGAGGUAAAGGAUCCUUUCCUAAUGGCCGAGGAGUUAAACAUUAGUAACGCGGAUCAGUCCUCCGUUCAGCUCGGGAGGGGGCCCAGGGCGCCGGGCCGGGCGGCCCCACGGCAAGUACUGCUUCUCGCCGCGGUCUGGCCUUUGCUCUGCCGCGCGGCCCCGGAGCGGACUCGCUACUCGAUCCCCGAGGAAAUGGCCAAAGGCUCCCUCGUGGGGAACCUCGCCCAGGAUCUGGGGCUGGAGCUGAGGGAGCUGCCGCUGCGGAGGCUCCGUGUCAGUUCGGAACAGCAGCACUUCAGUGUGAAUGGGGAGAACGGGGACUUGUCUGUGAAUGGCCGCAUAGACCGGGAGGAGAUCUGCGGGGCUUCGCAGCCCUGCGUUAGAACUAUACAAAUCGUGGCCGAAAAUCCCCUGAACGUUUUCCACGUGACUGUGGCCGUGCAGGACAUUAACGACAAUGCCCCGCGGUUCCUGCAAGACGCCAUCGCUCUGCAGGUCAGCGAGUCCAGCUUGCCAGGGGCUCGCUUUGCCCUGGGAAAAGCGGAGGAUCCUGACGUCGGGGUGAACUCUCUGCAGCGCUACCAGCUGAGCCCCAACCAGUACUUCCGCCUGGAGGCCAAAGAGAGCCAGGACGGCAGCAAAUACGCGGAGCUGGUGCUGCAGAAAGCCCUGGAUCGGGAAAGCCAGCGCAGCCUCCACUUGACCCUCACGGCUGCGGAUGGGGGGGAGCCGCCGAGGACCGGGACCGCCCAGAUACGCAUCAAUGUCACCGACAUCAACGACAACCCGCCCCUCUUCCCUCAGGAGCUCUACAGAGUGAGCCUGAGGGAAGGUGCCCCGGCGGGCUCCUUGCUGCUCCAGCUCCAAGCCUCCGACCAGGACGAAGGUUCCAACGCUCAGAUCAGCUACGUCUUCAGCAACGUUCCGGAGAAGGCGCGUCAGAGAUUCAGUCUGGACCCGGACACCGGGAAACUGACGGUAAAGGAGCCGUUGGACUUCGAGGAGUCCCGGGGCUACACCCUGGUGGUGGAAGCGAAGGACGGAGGCGGACUAGUGACACACUGCAAGGUGGAGAUAAGGGUUCUAGAUGAGAACGACAAUGCUCCCGAGGUGACCCUGACAUCCCUGCCCAGCCCCGUUCCCGAAGACUCUGUGCCCGGGACAGUGAUCGCGCUGGUCAGUGUCAACGAUCAAGAUUCUGGAGAUAAUGGAAAGGUCUCCUGCCAUUUGCAGGAUGGUUUGCCGUUCACUAUAACCUCGGCUUCCGAUAGCUACUACAAGCUGGUGAUGGUCAGCACCCUGGACAGGGAGCGGGCCCCGGAGUACAACAUCACCAUCACAGCCACAGACAAGGGCUCCCCCCCGCUCUCCACCCAGAAAACCAUCCUCUUGCAGAUCUCGGAUGUCAAUGACAACGCCCCAGUCUUCGAGAAACCUUCCUACAGCGCCUACGUGCCCGAGAACAACCCCUCGGGGGCCUCCAUUUUGAGCGUCAAAGCCUCAGACCGGGAUCUGGACGGCAACGCCCGGGUCACUUACUCCAUCCUGCGCAGCAGCAUCCAGGAGCUGCCUGUCUCCUCCUACGUGUCCAUCAACUCCCAGACCGGAGCGCUGUACGCGCAGCGCUCCUUCGACUACGAGCAGUUCCGGGCGUUCGAGCUGCAAGUGAAGGCCCAAGACGGCGGGUCGCCGCCUCUCAGCAGCAACGUCACCGUCAGCGUGUUUAUCCUGGAUCGGAACGACAACGCCCCUCGCAUCCUGUAUCCCUCGCUCGGGCCCGAGGGCUCGGCCGUGUUCGAGAUGGUCCCUCGCUCUGCCGAGGCGGGUUAUCUGGUGACGAAGGUGGUGGCGGUGGAUGCGGACUCGGGACACAACGCCUGGCUCUCCUACCAUGUGCUGCAGGCCACGCAGCCGGCGCUCUUCCGGCUGGGGCUGCACAGCGGGGAGAUCCGGACCGCGCGCGCCUUUGCGGACAGAGAUGCGGUGAAGCACCGGCUGGUCGCCCUGGUGAAGGACAACGGGCAGCCGCCUCUCUCCGCCACCGUGACUCUGAGCCUGGUGUUCGCCGAGAACUUCCAAGAGGCUCUUCCGGAAAUGAGCGACCAGUCGGCUGACUCGGAGUCUCAGUCCGGUUUUACUGUUAUUUUGGUGGUAACUUUGGCUCUGAUUUCAUUUUUAUUCUUGUUCACAGUGAUAUCGGUUUUAAUUUUUAAAUGUUGGAGACCUAGAACUCCACCUGUUUUGGGAUCUUACAAUGCGGAUUUGUAUUCUAGUCUCGGCCCCAAAUUCUCCUACAACUACAGUAGCGGGACCUUGCAGCUUCCCUAUUCCUACGAGGUGCGCUUAGCCGCGGAGUCGGGCCAGAAAGAGUUCUCCCUCCGCCAACCGAGCCAGAAGGGUUUGAGCGACAUUCUCCUGCCUGCUGAGGAUUCUGGCCCCGGGCUUGAGUCUGGAAGGGGAAACCUCUGUGACAGCCAAGCACAGAUGAAAGGCGCAGCUGGAAGGAGCCGCUGGGGAGCGGGAUGGCAAGUACUCAGCCUGCUGCUUCUCGCGGGCCUUGCGCACCGGGCGUCCGCGGCUCUUCGCUACGCCCUGCCCGAGGAGACGCCGAAAGGCUCCCGGGUGGGGAACGUGGUGGCGGAUUUGGGCUUGGAGCUCGCGCGGCUGCCGGGCCGCAGGCUGCGGGUGGUGUCGGGAGGCGGCCAGAAGUACUUUGAGGCGGAUCUGACGAGCGGGCUGUUGUUUGUGAACGAGCGGCUGGACCGGGAGGCGCUGUGUGGAGCGGUCUCUCCGUGCGCCGUGGGCCUGGAGCUGGUGCUGGAGAACCCGCUAGAGCUGUACAGUGCUGCCGUGGAGAUCCAGGACAUCAAUGACAACGACCCGGCUUUUCCCUCCGGCGCAAUGAGGCUGGAAGUCAGCGAGUCUGUGGCGCCCGGAGCUCGCUUCCCGCUAGAGAGCGCGCAAGACCCUGACGUGGGGAUCAACUCUCUGCAGAGCUACCAGCUCAGCGCCAACCCGCACUUUGUGCUGGAGGUGAAGACGCGCGGGGAUGGCAGCAAAUAUGCGGAGCUGGUGCUGGAAAAGGAGCUCGACAGAGAGGAGCAACCGGAACUGCAGCUGGUCCUCACAGCGCUGGACGGGGGCAGCCCCCCCCGGUCUGCCAGCGUGCACAUCCACGUGGAUGUGCUGGACGCUAAUGACAACGCCCCGGUCUUUAACCAGAGCACCUACAGAGCGAGCGUCAGGGAGAACACCCGCGCGGGCGCGCUCCUGGUCAGAAUCAGCGCCCUGGAUUUGGAUGAGGGGCCCAAUGGGGAUAUCGUUUACUCCGUCAGCAGUCACACCCCUGCCCACGUGAGAGCGCUCUUCGCCCUGCACCCCGCCACGGGGGAGCUGAGGGUCACAGCGCCCCUGGAUUACGAGGAAGCGGGGUGUUAUGAGAUUUACAUACAAGCGAAAGACAAGGGCCCCGGGGCGGGGGCGGCUCAUUGCAAAGUGCUGGUGGAAAUCAUCGAUGAGAACGACAACGCGCCUGAGAUCACAGUGACGUCCGUGUACAGCCCGGUGCCUGAAGACGCCCCCCCAGGCACGGCGAUAGCUUUGCUAAGCGUCAGUGACCUGGAUUCUGGGGCUAACGGCCUGGUAACCUGCCUGCUGCCCACUGGCCUCCCGUUCGCGCUCACGUCGUCCCUGAAGAGCUACUACACCCUGCAAACCAGGGCCGCUUUGGACCGGGAGCUGGUGGCCGAGUAUAACGUCACCGUCACAGCCAGGGACGCGGGGUCGCCCCCGCUCUGGGCGGAAAGACAGAUUCUCGUGCACGUGGCCGAUGUCAACGACAACCCGCCCAAAUCUCCCCAGCUCUCCUACGACGUGUACGUGGCGGAGAACAACCUCCCGGGAACGCCGAUAUUCCACGUCAGCGCCUGGGACGCAGACCUGAGCCAGAACGCUCGCCUCUCCUUCUCCCUGCUGGGCCAGGCGGCCAGCAGGCAUUUCUCCAUCAGCGCGGAGAACGGCACCCUGUAUGCCCUGCUCUCCCUCGACCACGAGGACAUCAGGGAGUUCGCCAUGACCGUGCAGGUCCGCGACGGCGGCGUCCCGGCGCUCGCCACCAACCUCACGGUCUCGGUGUUUGUCACCGACCUGAACGACAACGCGCCGCGCGUUCUCUAUCCGCCCCCAAACGCCUCGCGCCUCCAGAGCAUCUCGCCGACGGCCAGCGCCGGGCACCUGGCCACCAAGCUGGUGGCCUGUGAUGCGGACUCGGGCUACAACGCCUGGCUCUCCUACGCCCUCCUUCAGGCCCCCGACCCCAGCCUCUUCUCCGUGGGGCUGCACAGCGGGGAGAUCCGCACAGCCCGCCAGCUGCGGGAGGGCGACGCCCCUCAGCACACUUUGGUCAUCUCGGUCACAGACCACGGGGAGCCAGCCCUGUCCUCCAGCGCCACCCUCACCGUCGCCGUGGCGGAGACCGAGCGGGGGGGGCUGAGUGCCCUUGUGGUGCAGGACGGUGGGGAGACGCCCAUGUCUGCCGCCGCCACUGGGAUCCUCGGCAGAACUCAGAGGGCCAAUCGGGAGCAGCAGGCCUUCCCCGCCUGGCAGUGCGACUCAUCCCCGCGCUGUCCGCGAUCCCGGCUCCUCUGCUGUGGCUGCGCGUUUUCAGCCGGGAAGUGCCUGGGAAACGCCGGAGCCCGGCCUCGGAUGCAGCUGGAGCCACUUACUCGCAGGGAGCAAACGCCCCGCAAGGGAGGGGACUCGGACAGAGUCUGCGGCGCCUGGAAGCGAAACGCGCGGAAAGGCCUCGGCAGCGCGCUGGACACUCUGUCGAGGAGAGGCAGCCCCGAAAUGGAGCCCAGGGGCCGCGCGCAGGCCGCGUGGAGAUGGCAAGUACUGGGUUUGCUUUCCCUGUGCGGCUGGGGCUGGGGCUCUGGGCAGAUUCGCUACUCGGUGCUGGAGGAGUCGGAGCUGGGGACCGUGGUGGGGAACUUGGCCCAAGACCUAGGCUUAAAGGUGGCGGAUGUGUCGGGGCGCCGGCUGCGCCUGGGCUCGGAGCAGAGCAAGCGCCACUUCGCGGUGAGCCUGGCGAGCGGCGCUCUGCUGGUGAACGACCGGAUAGACCGAGAGAGGCUGUGCGGGGCCAGCGCGGGCUGCGUGCUGCCGGUGCAGGUCGUCAUAGAAACGCCCCUGGAGCUCUUCCGCCUGGAGGUGGAGAUUCUGGACCUGAAUGACAACUCGCCCAGCUUCCCCUCCGCCCCGCACGCGCUCAGGAUAGCGGAGUCCGCCGCCGUGGCCGCGCGCUUCCCCCUGGAGAGUGCCCAGGACCCGGAUGUGGGGACCAACGCUGUCAGCGCCUACCGGCUCAGCCCCAGCCCGCACUUCGCUCUGGACGUGAAGAAGCUGAAGGACGGAAAACUCUUCCCGGAGCUGGUGCUGGAGCAAGCCCUGGACCGAGAGGAGCAGCGGCAGCACGAGCUGGUCCUGACGGCCGUCGACGGGGGCAGCCCGGCCCGGUCGGGCACCGCGCAGAUAACCGUGCUGGUCGUGGACGUCAAUGACAACGCCCCGGCGUUCGCCCAGGCGCUCUACAAGGUGAGCGUGCCGGAAAACGCGCCUGCGGGCGCCCUGCUGAUACAGCUCAACGCCACCGACCCCGACGAGGGCCCCAGCGGGGAGGUGCAGUACUCCUUCGGCCUGCGCGCCCCCGACGCCGUCCGGCAGAGGUUUGCCUUGGACCCGGCCACUGGCGCCGUGCGCCUGCAGGGCUCAGUGGACUUCGAGGAAGCCGCUUUCUAUGAAAUCCACGUGCGCGCCCGAGACGGGGGCGUGCCGGAAAUGGAAGGCCACUGCGUGCUGCAGGUGGAGGUGGAGGACGUCAAUGACAACGCCCCCGAGGUCCUGCUGACCUCCCUGGUGAACCCCGUGCCGGAAGACACCCCCCUGGACACCGUGGUGGGGCUGUUAAACGUGCGAGACCCGGACUCGGGGGCCAACGGGGAAGUGCGUUUGGAAAUGGCCCCAGACCUGCCGUUCCGAAUCCGAGCCUUCCAGAACCACUACGCCCUGCUCACCAGCGCCAGGCUGGACCGAGAAACCGCCGCACAAUACGCCAUCGAGCUGACCGCCCGCGACGCAGGGUCCCCCGCUCUGAGCGCCUCCACUACGGUACUGCUGAACAUCUCGGAUGUGAAUGACAACCCGCCCCGCUUUUCCCAGCCUUCCUACAGCGCCUUCCUGCGCGAGAACAACGCGCCAGGCGCCCUGCUCUGCGCCCUGUCCGCUUCCGACCCCGACGAGGGAGAGAACUCCCGCCUCACAUACUCGCUCGCGGGGAGUCAGAUCCAGGAGGCGCCCGCCUCUUCCUUCGUUCACAUCAACCCGGACAACGGGCACGUUUACGCGCAGCGCACGUUUGACUUCGAGCUACUGCAGGUGCUGCAAAUCCCCGUGGCUGUGCAGGAUUCGGGGUCUCCUCCGCUGGGCUCCAAUGUGACUGUCUCCCUCUUCAUUCUGGACCAGAACGAUAACGUCCCGGCCAUUCUGCACCCGGCGGCUGGCCAGGAGGGGGCCGCGCCCCAGAGGGUACCCAGGUCUGCUCCCGCGGGCUACUUGGUCACCAAAGUCUCAGCAGUGGAUGCAGAUUCUGGCCACAACGCCUGGCUCUCCUAUUCACUGCUGCCGGAAUCCACCGACUCCUCCUUGUUCCGAGUGGCUCCGAGCACCGGAGAAAUCCGGACCGCCCGCGGCUUCCUGGACACAGACCUGGCCUCGCAGAGAAUCGUCGUGCUCGUCCAGGACCACGGGGAACCGGCUCUGUCCUCCACAGUCACCCUCCUGCUCUCCUUAGAGGACAGCGCCUCGGAGGAAAGCUCCAAGUCCCGCGAUUUCCGGGUGACGCCCAGAGCGAAGCCCGACCUGACGCUCUACCUGAUCGUCGCGCUGGUGGCGGUCAGCACGGUCUCGCUGGUCACUUUCAUCGUCUUCUCCGCCAAGUGCCUGAGACGGGCCAGAGGCGCCUCCGGCUGCUGCGCGAGCCGCUCCCCAUCGCGGGACAUGUGCCAGCAGCCCAGCCCGAAGCUGCAGCUGAGCUCGGACGGCACGCUGAAAUACAUGGAGGUGACGCUCCGGCCCGCGGACUCGCAGAGCCAGUGCUACCGGACCUGCUUUUCCCCCGGCUCCGACCGGAGCGACUUCACCUUCCUCAGGCCCAUGAGCUGCCCCCCGCCCAGCGCCCUGGCCACGGAGACGGACGCUUUCUUGUCUGGUACCAGCACGUCGAAUGAAUCCGGCCAGCAAGCCCAGCCUAACCCGGACUGGCGUUUCUCUCAGGCCCAGAGACCUGGAACCAGUGGCUCCCAGAAUGGAGAGGAAGGAGGCACUUGGCCAAACAACCAGUUUGAUACGGAAAUGCUUCAAGCCAUGAUCCUGGCCUCAGCCAACGAAGCAGCUGAUGGAAACUCUACUCUGGGCGGAGGAGCUGGCACCAUGGGCCUCAGCGCCAGGUAUGGCCCCCAGUUCACACUGCAGCAUGUCCCCGACUACCGGCAGAACGUGUACAUCCCCGGCAGCACGGCCACCCUCUCCAACGCCGCAGGCAAACGGGACGGGAAGAGCUCAGGCUCCUCCAGUGGCAACAAGAAGAAGUCGGGGAAGAAGGAGAAGAAGUAGAAUUUGCAGCCCCUCAGCAGCGUAGACCCCAGGGCAGAUCCCGCCAGCACUCCCCCAAAUCACAGCCUGGGCACCAGGAUGAAUGUGAAUUUUUGUGAUGCAAAAGUAGGAAACACUACGAAUGUACGUCAUCAUCAGAGCUAGGAGUAGGGCGCCUACUGUUAGUCCUCAUGAUGAAAACUAAUUGGAAACAAAACAAAACAAAACCCAAGUGCCCUGUUAAUACUAACUAAUGUUUUAUACGGUCCCUUGGGUAAAUUCAUAUGCAAGGAUGUAAAAUCUUUUAACCGAGGCUUUGGAUUUGAUUUGCUCCAGAACGGUCCAAAAGAGCGAGAAGGCUUGUACUUGGCUUUGCCCAGUGUAAAUAACGGUAGCACGGGGUUUUUUAAUGUAUAUACCCUUGAUCAUUUUUCAAAAGAAGAAGAAGUUCCCCAGAUUAGAACCCAUGGCCCAGAUAUUGCGAUUUAACUUGCCAUUAGUGACUCUCACCCUGAGGAAGCUGGAACUGGAUGCCUAGUCCCCACGCUGGUAGGGAGUGCUUUUGUUACUGUUUACCUGUUAGCUAAAAGAAAUCAGUGUUUACACUGCAUGAGCCUAGGGGACUACGGCGAAGGUGCAUUUUAAACAUUAAUUUUUUUUUACAUGACCAGUGAUGGCCUGAAAUAUGAAAUAAAACUCCGAGUGUCUAGGAGACAGGGAAUGCAUCCAAUGCCACUAGCACUACUGAGUGCUACACAACCUGUCCACAGUGAUCGAGAGGCCUCUAAAGAGCAGGUUCAUCUCCAAGCUUUGCAGUAAAUAUUUAUAUGUACAGUUAAUGUUUUCCUGGAACUGAAGUGCAGGUCUAAGUCCUCUGCUGUGAGAACAAGGAGCUGCAGCUCAGCUAAGUCCACAGCAAGGGACGCUAUUGCCAGAGAACAAACGGCACCUCUCUGUGAAAUGGAGACUGAAUGCUUCCCCCUCCUGCACAUUGAACUGCAUGCAAAAUCCUCACCUCACCCCUCCACCUCGUAGAUGGCUAACUCCGCCGGGUGUAGGGCGUCAUUGCAUGCGUGCACGGCAUGGUGCACACGCUGGCAGAGACGGGAGUCCCAGGGCAGGCCAAGCCGCGCGUGCUGGGGGGGCGGGUGCAGCGUAAAGCGCUCUCGAGCCGUGCUCGGCCCUAGGGCAGCACGGAGAUUUGCACAUUCCCUGUCUAUGCAGAGCAGCCAAGGAGCAGCCUUAGUUCAUUGGCCUUCAGAACUGGACCCUCACAGCUGACCGGAUGGGACCACACUCACGGGUAAGGGACAUGCCACUGACUGCAGAGCCGGGGGCUGCUCUGAAGAGGCGCCCCCGGGCAGCCAGGUGACUAGGAGGUAGAUGCUGAUGCAGUGCUAGACGGGCAGGAAGCCUUUGCUUCGGCGCUGGCACUGGGAUUCUUCCACACUGAUAGACGGGGGUCAGGACGUAGGGUCUCUCCACUAUGUGCCCUUUGUGGCUGCGUGCUCUGCUGGCGGCUGGCCCACGCCCGGCACAGAGAGAGCGGGCGUUGCCCUCCGGCAGCGUGGCGUCGAGUGCCCCAGAGCCAGGAAGGCCGCACUGUACCCUCAAGCCGCGGCUGGCUUCCCCUCUCCGAGUACGGGGCCAGGCAAGGACCCGCACACAGGGAGCGGGGCCGGGAGUAUCUUCGCUUCUGCUGAGUCACACACCUGAGACGAUCCAGCCUUCUAUGAUCACUCAGGUUCAGCUUUCUCCAAGCAGCCAGGGUGCUCGCUGGCCUGAGCCAGCCGCCUCCGGCAGUAUUCACCAGAGCAUUGUGCACUAGCUGCUGCCCACUGGCCGGCGGCUCCCUCCUCGUGUCUAGAGCCAUAGGCCCUGUCUCUGCGAAGAACAUGUCUGUAGGAUGUUUUGUACGAUCCCAGUCACCCCCGCGGUGGCUGCACUAGAAACAGUUUACACACUUAGUCAGGCUCAUACAAACCAAGGUAGUUCUUAUGUGACCCUCUAGAAGUACUGUAGGAACGUAGUGUUUAGAUUUCCUUUUAAUCAGCAAGCUGAGGUAGCGUAGAGAAUGUUUUGUACUAGUGCUGUGUUAUUUUUAUCUCCGUAAAUGCGUGGACAUCAGUAUUUUCAAUUUCUCUUUAUCUUCUCCCCUGCGGUCUGUGCUCUAAGUGUGUGUGAAGCGAAACCCUCGUCUCUUCCAUGUGUCUAAUACUGAAUUAUACUUCUAUAUGACAAAUGCUUCUCUCCUCCCUCGUCCAUGUGACCAACGUCAGUGUGCUACAGCAAGUUUUAUACUCUAAUAUUUAUAUUGCUUUUUUUCUUUGGGAAAAAAUAAUAAAACGGUUUCUUCUGAACGG